AUGACCGAUCACUCACGACGGUACGCAAAAAGGUCCGACCGAAUGAUGAGGAGGGUGUUUCAUCUGCGUCGAUCGUCGUGGAGUUCGAAUUGGGACCGCAGUAUCCGGACGUGUCACCAAAGGUGCGACUUUUCAAUCCAAGAGGAAUUUCUGAACAGUCACAUCAUCAGCUCAUUGAAGAAGUGUCCCAACGACUUAGUGAUCUUAUUGGAACUCCUGUUAUGUUCGAUAUAUUACAACACUGUGCCGACUUCAUAUUGGAGCACCAGCAUUCCUCUUCGUUAG